CUCUAAUCGUCAAAUCUCCCUUUUGAUGUACUUAUUAUUGUAAGAUGCUGUGGGAAACGACCUACUUGGAAUAGCGUACCAUCGGAGCCAGAUAAAACUUCGUCUUCCGGCGAUCUAAAGGAAAAGAGCGAAAGACCCGAAAUUCAGUUCAGAACGUUGCAACGAGACGAAACCACGGCUGCCUCUGUGCACUAGACGUGGAAAGAGACUGUGACCGCGACUACACAAUCAUAGUUUUGGGGAGUUCCCUCUGCUAGAGGACGAUUGAUCUCCAUGAAUUGUUCAUUUCGAUAUGCAUUGCGAUGCCGUCGACUGCCAUCAUGCCAUAUAUAUAGGCUGUAUUCUAAGGAAACAGAAGCUUCAGAAAAUGACGUCUUGAAACGAUUUAUUGUCGAUAAAAUCCGAGCCACUGGACCAAUCUCAGUUGGUGAAUAUAUGAAAAUUGCAACUGCACCUUCUGUCGGAUAUUACGCACGUUAUUCAGACAAACAAAAGGUGUUUGGCAAAGAAGGUGACUUCAUCACUGCACCGGAGCUUACUCAGCUUUUUGGCGAGCUUAUAGGUGUUUGGUGCUAUCAUGAGCUCGCCAAUACUGGGCAUACAGAACCUUGGCAACUUGUUGAGUGUGGUCCUGGUACUGGUCAACUUAUGAGUGAUCUUUUAUCGGUCAUGGAAAAUUUUCAGGAGAAGAAGCUUUCGGUCCACUUGGUUGAGACAUCAGAUGCUUUGAUCAAGAAACAGGAGGAGUUGCUGUGUGAUAGGCCAUCAUCUUCUGUUUAUUUGAAUAAUGAAGGAAAAGAGCCAUAUGUAAAAAGCAACACUACAAAGUCCGGAUUUCCUAUCUUUUGGUAUAAAACUAUCGAGGAUGUGCCGGAAAGUUUCUCUGUAUUCGUCGCUAACGAAUUUCUUGACGCCCUUCCUGUUCAUCAGUUUAGCCGAGACGACAAUGGAAAAUGGCAUGAGGUGUAUGUCAACAUUGACAAGAAAGGGGAGCUGUGUUUCAUGAAUUCAAGGGGAGAAAAUUUGCACACCAAAGGUUUGAUGCCAACACAGAUUCGUGAAGAUAAGGAGCGUAGGUACUGGGAGUGCAGUCCCGAAGCUGGUACUUUCAUCAACCAGAUUGCGGAGAGAAUAGUGUACAACGGAGGAUUCGGCCUCAUCAUUGAUUAUGGACACGAUGGCUCGCGUAAUGAAUUUUCAUUUCGAGCGUACAGGAAACACCAAUUGGUGGACCCGCUAAGCGAACCAGGAUCCAUCGAUCUAACUGCCGACGUUGAUUUCGGGUAUCUCAAGUCUUUAAUAGUUGACCGCACGGCAGUAUUCGGUCCUAACACGCAACGCGAGUUUCUGGCACAAUUGGGAGCGGGACUACGUCUGCGAAGGCUACUCCAAUCAUACAGCGAUCGAGAAAAACAGGAGUAUCUGAUAAAAUCUUACAACUUCCUGAUGGGCGAUAUGGGGGAAAGAUUCUUGGCUAUGUCCAUAUUCCCUAAAACGCUCAGUGGAAUAUUGGAGAAGAGAGGAGGACCUGCUGGAUUCGCUGUAGCUCAUCUACGCCUUACUCUAUCAUUUUCACAGUCUAUCGAUACAGAAUCUUUUGUGAUCUGGAAGCAAAGAAGACACCGAGCAGUCUGGGAGAAGAUGCUAGUCCUUCUCAUUGGAGAUCUGCAUAUUCCACAUAGGGAACACAAUCUUUCGCCGAAGUUCCGCAAACUUCUGGUGCCUAACAAAAUGCAACAUGUUUUAUGCACUGGAAAUCUGUGUAAUCGGGAGAGCGUUGAUUACCUCAGGUCAUUAUCGUCCGACGUUCAUGUCGUUCGAGGAGAUUUCGAUGAUGAGUCGUUAAAAUAUCCUGAUACGAAAGUAGUCACGGUGGGACAGUUCCGACUGGGUCUCAUUCAUGGUCAUCAAAUAAUUCCAUGGGGAGAUGAAGCGAUGUUAGAGCAGCUGGCAAGACAAUUGGAUGUGGAUGUUCUCAUCAGUGGACAUUCACACGAAUGCAGCGUUCGAGAAAGCGGUGGACGUUUCUAUGUAAACCCCGGAAGCGCUACAGGAGCGUUUUCAGUGACACAUGAUGGUCCAAUCAUUGCAUCUUUUGCACUACUUGAUGUUCAAGCGGACUGUGUUGUGACGUAUAUGUAUCGACUCAUCGAUGAUCAAGUGAAAGUUGACCGGGCCAUCUUCAAAAAACCUCACGAUUAAUUUUGUUUUUGCGUGAUUUCUAUAUAAUUUUAUUACUUUGCAUGUAUACUGAACUGCGCUUAAUAGAGAGUGCAUGGAUGAAUAAUGGACAGUCUUAAUUGUGUAAAUUUGUGGACAAAUCUGUUUCUGUGAUCGCUAAUAAGAAUUUUACUCGCUCUCAUUUGUUGGUAUGUGUACAUUUUUGGAUCUGGAUCCCAUACAUAUAUAGCCAAGC